AUGUCACACAAUUACCUUUUUGAUGUUACUAUGUCUUGUUCAGGCUGCUCGGGUGCGAUUGAAAGAGUUCUUACUAAGAACCCAAACAUCUCAGAAUUCAACGUUUCUUUAGAGAAACAAACUGUUGAUGUCAAGACUGAUGACUCUUAUGACAAUGUUUACAAUGUGAUUGCAAAGACCGGUAAGAAGAUCAAUGGAGGAAAAGUUGUGAACUAG